AUGACUACUACAACUACUACUACAUUUAACACAAACGCAAAACCUACUGUAACUACUACCAUUAAUACGACCACGACCCCUACUACAACCACCACUACUCUUAAUACGACCACGACCCCUACUACAACCACUACUACUCUUAAUACGACCACGACCCCUACUACAACCACUACUACUCUUAAUACGACCACGACCCCUACUACAACCACUACUACUCUUAAUACGACCACGACCCCUACUACAACCACUACUACUCUUAAUACGACCACUACCACUGCAACCACUGCAUCUGUCACUACCAAAUCAACCUUUCGCCUUCACAAGAACGAGUGCCAUCUACGAGGCACUCGUCUCCCUUUGCAAGUUCAAGGAACACACACCACACAAGGAUGA